AGCACCAGCCAGCUGCCAGUUCAACAUGGCCGAUCAGUGAGCUUGGCGGUGUUACGUUCUCACGUCCGCAUUGUUAACAUCACAUCAUUUUUUUUACACCAACAAUCGUGUUUAUUUUGUGUUCACAAUAAUCAACUAACAUGAUAUCAUCGAUAAUAUCGCGUCUGGUAAUAUUGGUCUUUGGGACUCUGUAUCCAGCUUACGCCUCUUACAAAGCUGUACGCACUAAGAACGUUAAAGAAUAUGUAAAAUGGAUGAUGUACUGGAUCGUAUUUGCCCUAUUCACUUGUGCCGAAACCUUCACAGACGUAUUCUUCAGUUUCUGGUUUCCAUUCUACUACGAAAUCAAGAUAAUUCUCGUUCUCUGGCUUCUAAGCCCAGCAACAAAGGGUUCAAGUAUUCUCUACCGACGUUUUGUACACCCAGCAUUGAUAAGACGUGAAGCUGAGAUUGAUGAUGCCCUAGCGAGGGCAACCGAGCAAGGCUACACAGCUGUUCUUCAUCUCGGCACAAAAGGUGUCAAUUAUGCCACAACAGUACUGAUGCAGACGGCUAUUAAGGGCGGAGGUGGAUUAGUACAGCAGCUAAAAAAGAGCUACAGUCUGAGUGAUUUGACGGGUGAAAAGGAGGAUGAAAAUAGAAAUACAUCAGCGAUGCAUGACGAGACAGACAUGACAGUGGAACCUCGUCGGAGAGAGCAUCCUGGGAGACGUGGAUACAGUCCUAGGCGGACGCAAUCGAAUUGCAAUAGAGUGGAGAUGUAUUUUUCGGAGGUGGAUGUUGAUGUCAGACAACCGAGGCCUAGAGAUCCAAUAGCUAGCUUAACUAAUAUUAGGUCAUCCGACGACAUAUCCAGUGGCUACAGCAGUGGGGAAGCACUCCAAACCCACCGCAUGACCCCCCACACCGAAUCACUCCUCAGGACAUCGAGUGUAGGUGCGAGAACGAGGUCAUCGAAACCCCGGGCAGCAACGAAAAAAGCCCCAGAGGAUGAAGAGGAAGAUUGGGAGUUGGCACCGGGGUCCAAUCAAUUACCCCUGACACUAUCUGAAAUAAGUGCUAAACAAGCCCUGGAGCUUUUAUUCCUUCUCUCCCGAGUUAACGUCCCCCGUAGUUGGUCAGAGCCAAAAUUGACUGAAAUACAGGAAAACCAGACUGACUCUAGGAGCGAGGAGAUAUUCUGUGACGCCUCCUCAUCGGGGCAUGUCACAAUUCACGAGGAAAUGGUAGAAAUCUCACAAGUCGAUUCUGAAAAGACUGAAGACAGCCUCAGCCCUUCCAAAGGCUCUCCAUCAGAGGUACUAAAACGUCUCGAAGAUACUCCCGGAGAGCUGAGCCAAAUAGACAUGACGAAAAUAACGGAAGAAAUAUGUCAGGAGAAGAUGUCAGAGCUGAAGAGGCUCCUGAGUAAUGCCCAGAGCGCGGUAUCGAGUCUUGCGAAUUCCCAGGAAGACUUGAGAAUUGAAUCUGAAGUCGAUUGCGAAGCGAUGGAGUGUCCCGAUGUGAAUCCUGCGGAGGUCUGGACAACGCCAGACACUUCGCGAAGUUAUUCAGAGAGCAACGAUAGGGCGGGAAAGUACAACAAGAAGCCAGCGCCGAGGGUGCCAGUGGCGUACACUCAUGAGCAGCAGGAGGAGAUGGAGGAGAAAGCCCUCAGGGCAACACUUGUCCUCAAACCCGAUCACCAGCUUUGCGACUCUCCCCCGGAGCAAAAAGACAACCUCUAAGAAGAAGGUGCCAUGAGACACGAAAAGUGGUCGUUACAUUAGAGAAGAGAGUGAUUCACUCGUACCAGUAUGAGCGAUAUUUGUCAUCGCUGCUGAUAAUUCUUACUCUACGCAUUGAAGGAUCGCACAAAGUAUUUCUGUGGGAUCAGCUGAAUAAACUCAACGGCCAAAAACGCGCAAUAAAAAAUUUUUUCAAUAUCACGUCAUGCCAUUUCAGUUUAACGGGUUGAGAUCAUUCAUGGAGCGUGACGCUUUUUUUAUUCAUCGGAUGUACUAUGGGUUUUGUUUGAACACUACGCUUUAUCGAUGCUCAUGUGUGAGCGAAAUCAUAAUGCUCAUGUACAAUAGAUGCAGUGAGGAAAAAAUUAUUGAAAUGGGAAGGUAUUCUCCGACAUUUAGUCAUUUUUUCAGCAUCGCAUAUCUCUAUACCAAAACAAUUUAUGCUUUGUAUUGUAAUUUUUAAUGGAUGUGUAGGCCACACGGAAAACGAUGAGAGAAUUUUUUAUUUGGGUAUUUUACUAUUUUUUGCCUAGGGGAUGAAACAACUCUGUUUUUAGGGAAUAUUCACACUGUUGAAGAAUAAAUUUCAUGACGAGUUGACCUGUAAUUUUCAGGAGAGCGCAAUAAAACUCGAUGUAGGGAGAAAGAAAUCCUUAAAUUUCAGGGGAACUAAAAAAUGUUUAACAGUGUAGCAUUUUUCUAGGCAAAAGCGUCUAAAAUAUGAUCGAAGACGGAUAAAACACCCUAAGGGUUGGCCCUCACCGUUCAAUGUAUGAAGAUUGAUGAAAAAUACUUGUGAUAUGUUAACCGAAUCGAGGGAUUGACUGGAUACUUCAUUUAAAAAAUAGACGAAAAAUGGAGGCUCUUAGGAAUGAUUCUAGUCAGCUCGAAUUUUUCUAGGAUCAGCGAGCAACUAGAUAGACGUUAUUUCUAAAGAAAUAUUUACGUGUAAAAAUGAACUUCAUUGGAGAAACGCAAUGAGUGAGUGAUUUGACGAUUUUUUGUUCUUGAAUUUUUGUUUCUAACAGGAUUUUUUCUAUUAAAAAUUUUGACGAGCAAUUUUUUGAAAUAAAUAAUAUUCUGCUCUUGUGGGCCUGUCGGCAAAGCUCGUUGAAUGGCCUCGGCAAUAAAAAAAUACUAAAAUGUAGGGAAAAUUGCGCCAUGAAUUUUCAGCCAAAAGGGGAUAAAAAAAUUUGAAGAAUAGCUUUAAACAUUUGUUCCUUUUUUAGUUUCCAUUUACUCCAUGAAAUGGGUGGAGGGUGACCUGAAGAGGAUAAACAGUUUCGAGAAAUGUUAAAAAAUACGAGGUGGUUCACAGCUGUGAACGCCGCCAUCUUACGUGGAAACCGCCAGGGACUUUAAGAUGGCGGCGCCCUCACCUCGCAUUUUCAAACACUUCAUAGAAUUAUUUAAGCUCCUCAGAUCACUCUCCACUCAUUUCAUGCAGUUCCUAAAAAGGAACAAAUGAUUAAAGCUAUUCUUCAAAUUUUUUCAUCCUUUUUCGGCCGAGAAUUCAUGGAGUAGUUUUUCCCGCAUUUCAGUAUUGGAUUUUUUACGCCCGAGGCCUUGUAAUGACUGCAUGAAUUUAUCGUGUAAAUGAUUAGUGUGAAUGAAUUAUCGGUGGAUUUGACGCACAAUUUUCAUGUUCUCGAUUGAAUACGUAAAUAAAGGGGAGGGAAAUUGUUUAAGAAACGUUGAGAGAUUUGGGUGUAUAUAUUUUAUGGUUGUAUGUUCUUAGUAUCGUUUAUCCACGUUUAAAUGUGAAACAUGAACAUAUUAUAGAAGACAUAUAUGCGAAAUAAGAAAGGGUAGGGCAAGUGGGGUAAAAUGGACACUUGACUUUUUAAAAUUUUAAUAACACGUUGAAUUGUUACUGAAAUGGGAUAAUUUUUUUUUCAUGGAACGUACAAUUCUUUUUCUUUGGGAUGAGUCAGAUAGAAGUAGAUUGUCUUAUUGAGAAAUCCGUUUCUAAGUUAUGAACAUUGAACAAAAUGUCAAAAGUGCCAGUUUUGCCCCACACUCGCCCCUUUAAUUUGUAAAGUUCGAUUUGUUAAUCCAUCAAUUGAUAUUUUAGGUCAUUAAAUGUGAUCAUAUACUGUCUUAAGAAGAUACUAACUCUCUAAUCAUCAUCCAUGCGUAUCGUUAAACAUAGGUAGCUAGUAAUCAUUUUUUAUGCAUGACUGCAGACUUAGGAGAAUGAAAUAUCGAGUUGUGAAAAUUAAUAUUAAAAUUGAAAAGAAAAAACCAAGUAUUACGAAUUAAGUAUCACGAGAUUGUAAUGAUCCUCAUUUUUGCGGGGGAAGAAUUUGAAUUUGAAAAUUAAAUGACGAGUCCUUCGGGCUCCUGGUGCUACCGAUACUCGCUUCUUGUUCAUUUUUCACGUUUUCAUUUUAUACAUGUAUAAAUGUUGGCUAUUUAGAUGCGUUAACGAUAACUAAUUACGGAGAGAAUUAAGAAUUGAAUUAUUGUGAGAGGAGAAUUGUAAUGAGGUUUUUGAGGAAAUGUGAGUGAAAUGUUGUGUUCUUGGCACUUGUGUAUUGAAUAAAAAAUAGGGAAUUAUCAUCUUUA